UUCAUGUGUUACAUAUUUAAUUGAGGAUUUGACUUUAGUAUAAUUUUUAAGUAUAGUAUCUUUUUAAAUAUCUUAAACGUAAAUUUAAUUUAUAAUUUAAAAAAAUGAGACUGGUAAAUAUGUUAUUUGGAAAGAUGGGUGAAUGGUCUAAAAAAUAUGCAAAUUUACCAGAUCGCUAUAUAGAUCGUAUUACAGAACGUGUAUAUUGGAAGCCUCCACCCGGUAAACCGCAAUUUCUUCCACGUAAAAUAGUAUCAAGAAAGAAGUUGUAUUUUUCUAUACAUCGUCCUUGGACUACAGGUUUCUGUUUAGAAAAUUGGUUAAAAAAACGUCGAGAAUAUGUUCCGAUUGAACCUAUAAAAAAUUGGAGUUUUUUCCGUGGAGAUCGUGUAGAGGUAUUAGUUGGUCCAGAUAAGGGAAAACAAGGAAUAGUACAAGAUAUCAUUCAAGAAAGAAAUUGGAUUAUUGUACAAGGAUUAAAUACAAAGGCAAUAAUACGUGGAAAAAAGAAAGAUUUCCCUGGAGUUUGUAUACGCGUGGAACAACCAUUAUUAGUUACUACAGAUGUACAAUUAGUUGAUCCUUUCGAUUUAAAAGGAACUGCUAUAGAAUGGAGAUAUACAGAAGAGGGAAAAAAAGUGAGAGUAUCUUGUAGAACUGGUAGAAUUAUCCCAAUUCCUUUAAGUAGUCAAGAAACUGUAGAUUACAAAUCUCCGGAAUUAUAUAUCGAGCAAUCUAAAGAUACUACUGCAAAUGACGUAAAAGAACUAACAUUCGAAGGAAAAUUGAAAACCUUUGAAAUGGAUAUUAUGGAUAAAAUGGAUAUUAAAGAAGAUCGUAAACCAAAGAAAUAUUAUUGGUAUUAAUUUUGUUGAACGUAUAAUUAACAUUUUACAAACAUAAUCUUCGAUAUAUAUAUAAAACUUUACUUUAAAGCGUUGUUAAAUCUGUGUUUUAUUUUGUUAUUAUUGUUGAAAAUUAUUUUAAACUUAAUUGAAAGAAAAAGAGCAACGAUCUUUUCCAUAAUCGCAUUGAAAAUAUUUAUGAAAUAAUAUACGAUAUCAAAGAGUUGUUUAAUAACAUUUAAAAUAUUUAACUGAUAAAAUAUUUAUAAUAUCAGUUUAUUAAAGAAUUUAUUAAAGACAA